UAAUUCUACAUCAUCGAGUGUGUCGUCAGUGGUGCACUCAACAGCUGACGGCUAUGAUCUCCCAUUUACGCACUUCAAACUUUUCGCACAUCCACAGGUCCACUGAGUCGUGAUCUCUCUGGCUUGAGCUACGCGUGUCAUCCGUGACGUCGCCGGACCGCCUACCUCGCCCUCGGUCUGCCUCUCCGGUGAGACUCCGCUGCCGCUGCUGCUGCACGGUGGACCUACGAGCCGGGACCGAUGCCAGCGUGAUGAUGGUGGUGAUGGUAGUGAGGGAAGGAUCGCAUCUGCUAACGCCAGUCCUCGCUGGCAUGGACGCCGGAGGAGAGCACUGACUAUCCAGGAACCAUGCCUACUGUCCUCGCUGGCAAAGGGAAACUUUCCAUUGUUUGCUUUCUGCUCCGAUGCGCAUAUUCUCAGGGAAGAGGAAGCCAACACAACAGCUGUGCCAAAGAUAUAUUUGAGGACAUGACCCAGUCCUGGAGGGACUUUGGGGACUCCUUGAGGCGUGACCCAGCACAACGAAUCCUGUACAACUCUAAGGAUACCAAACAGCCAACUACACAACAAAGGCAAAACCGAGGGGGAUGUUCAGCUGCGAAUGGCCCGUCACCCUCAUGUGGCCCCCCCACAAAUCGAUGCUCGCUGAUGACUUGAAGCUGAGCAGUGACGAUGAGGAAACUCCCACGGUGAUUCAUGAGUCAACUUCCUGGGACAGACACAGCCUGUCAGCACAGCGAGCGCACACACAUGGCAGGCGGGUGAGACAUUCCAGCUCAGACUCCUCAGGCUCAGACUCCACCAAUGAGUCAGGCAGCAGUAGCUUUCAUUCCCGGAGCCCCAGCCGGAGUCCAGAAGUUCACCCUGAUCCCGAGUCGCCUGCCAACAUGCAGCCACUGUGCAACAACAAGGAGCCUGAUCACCCCCCUGCUGCCCAGUGGCAGUUAGAUAAAUGGCUGAAGAAGUCGCGGAAAAAAUGUGCCAGCACUGAGCAAAAUCCCUCCCAGACUAUUCCAGGACGCCUGCACUCUCCCCACACCCACCAAGCCCCAUCCCCAGCAAGGUCAUUUGACAGCAAUCAGGAAUACAGCCCUAGCCAAAGCCCUAUUCCCAGCCCACAGUUCAGUUACAGCAACAACAACAGCCCCCUUCCAAGUCCUGGUUACAGCUACUGUCCUAGUCCGAGCCCAUUUACCAGCACCUGUCAAAGUCCCAGCCCUAGUCCAAGGCACAGCCCAAUUCCAAGUCCAGUUCUAAGUAUUUGCCCGAGUCCAUGUGGGACAAUAAGAGACAGCCGUAGUCCUAGCCCUAUAGCUAGAGAUCCUCCAAGAAGCCCGAGUCCCAGUAUACCUGCUCCUUCCAGGGUUUGUCACUACCCUGAGUUUCAGAGUCAGAACCAACCUCAACCUAGUCAAUCAACCAAUUCCCACAGGAUAAAAAUUAGGCCAUGGAUCGCCCCGGUGCCUGACACUAAUACAAAUAUCAAGUCCACGAGUAAUACUCAUCUUCAGCCACCUCACAAACACAGGCCCAAGACUCGACCACCACAGGACCAAGGCCAAAGCCAGACUAAAUCAAAGGCUUCUGUCGUUUUAAACUCUAGUCAGAAUCAAAGCCACAAAUCUAGACCCAAGCCUAACUUUUAUCCAAACUCUAAACAGCUGGCUGAUGCGUCCCAAACUAGAAACACAUCACAGUUUGAGCAAAUCCAGGGAAGCAGGUCCAGUCACAAGCCCCGACCUCCAUUUCAACCAAAUUCUCAACAAAGCCCCACAAGAGCAAAGCAUUUAGUCCCUACUGGUCGUGAAAUCAAUCCUAGUCAUAAUCCUCAAUCUACCUCCAGAGCUGCUAGUAAUUCUGGUUGUGGGCCAAACUCUCAGUCCAUCCCUGGCCUCAAGAAACACAGGUCCAAGUCUUGGGAGGCCACUGCCCCCACCACUGUGAAUGUUAAUCACGCGAAAACAACACCGAAAAAACCCCAAACUAAGGAACAGGACGUGGAACGCAGAAGAGAUCAUCUGACCACAGGAGAGGGGAGAAAACACGAGCGAAAGGAAGAUAGACAAAAGGAAAAACAGCAAGGGAAACGGGAGCAAAAGGAAGACAGGAGGCUGGCGGAGGAGCAGCUAUUGAGACGGUCCUGGAUCCAGAGUUCGGCUGAAGAAGAGGAGGGGGAAGAGGAGGAAGGAGUGACAGAACAGGUCAGGAGGAGAGAGGAGACGGCAAGAGAGGAAAGUCGGAGGAAAAGGGAGGAGCAACAACAGCGACAUAAAUGGGAGGCCAAACAGAAAGUCCCUACCAACCACUCACAUCAGCAAGGGGGGACAAAAAAGCGGGGAAGAAGUGAGGAGGAGAGACAGUUCCAGCCAGACCCAUCGCCUCCUUCGUCUUCACGGUCCCCAACUCCUCAGAGAACAUCCUCCUCAUCCUCUUCUUCGUCCUCAUCAAGUUCAGAUUCUGAAUCUGAAUUUCAAGCUCCGAUUACCAAAGUUCCAGCAGACUCCACCUCUCAGAGGAAACUCGCCAAGACAGGGCAACAGGGCCCAGGAAGGCCUGACGCCAGCCGGCCUAAGGUGGUGCAGCACAGACGACCCAGCUCAGGUAACCCGAGUGAGGACCAGCAAACUGCGGGGAAGCAAAAACUCUACACCCUCGUCCCCUUUGGGCGAGGGGACAAGGCUGCACCCCCCUCCCAGCGAGGGCUCCGAAAUCUGGUGGUGCACAUAGACCUCUGUCUUCUCAAGAGGGUCCCAGACACUGCUACUCAAUCCACUCCUAAAAAAACCUCCUCUUCCUCCUCAUCUUUAUCAGCCAAGGACAAGCAAAGUGAGGCUAUGAAACACCUGCACGUCCCUGAGACACCGACUAAAGACAGCACAAGAAAGCGCAAGCUGGAGAAUGGUGUGCCACACAGAGAAAACAAGAGGAGUUAUGCAGACAAAACCUCAGGGCACACAGAGUCGUCAUCUUUCACAGCUGAGACCGUAACGACUGAUACCGUGGACAGUGGGUGUGUGGAGGAUGAUUUGGACAGUAAGAGGCCGCUGUCUCCACUGUCUCCCUUGUCUCCCCGGCCCCAGAGCCCUGAGCUCCCCAAGUCUAACUCCAAAACAAAAGCUGCAGAGCAGCAUCACACCCACAAGAACAAGGACAAGAACAGAGAUUCUGCGAUAAAGCCCAAGAUGGAAGUGGAGUGUGUGAAAGUGUCGAAGCAGCCCCAGCCACCACCUGAGUCCUGGAGCACUGCAGCACACAUGGGGAAUGUGCCAAACCACGAAACUCCUCACCAUGCUGAGUACUACUUACAUGAAGCCAAAAGGAUGAAGCACCGUGCCGAUGCCAUGGUCGACAAGCUGGGGAAGGCUGUGAACUAUGUUGAUGCUGCUCUCUCGUUCAUGGAAUGUGGGAAGGCAAUGGAGGAAGGGCCACUCGAAGCAAAGUCUCCUUAUACCAUGUAUUCGGAAACAGUGGAGCUCAUUAGGUACGCAAUGAAGCUGAAGAGCCACUCUGGCCCCGGGGCGAGACAGGAAGACAAACAGCUGGCGGUUCUGUGUUUCCGAUGCCUGGCCCUCCUUUACUGGCAGAUGUUUCGCUUGAAGAAGGAUCACGCGCUGAAAUACUCCAAAGUGCUGCUGGAUUACUUUAAGAGCUCUCCUAAAGUGCCUACUACCCCACCCGGCUGGAGUGACUCUGGGAAGGGUACAGGAGGACCCCCCUCUUCACUCUCACCUAAUGCCAAACACCUCGCACGGGUUUCCCACGAGGGCAGCAGCUCUGCCUCCCUCAUAAGCAUUCCCCACCGUAUCCACCAGAUGGCAGCAACUCACCUGAACAUUACCAACAGUGUGCUGUACAGCUAUGAGUACUGGGAGGUGGCAGACAACCUUGCAAAGGAGAAUAAAGAGUUCUUCAACUACUUGAAUACUUUGUCUGGGCCAUUGACUCUUCACAGUAGCAUCGCUCACGCUGUCCAGUACACCAGGCAGGCCCUUCAGUGGAUACGCAUUAGUGCCAAACUCAACUAACUUAGAAAGGAUUCACUAUAACCUGCCCACUGGAUCUCAUUGACGGUAGAGGAGGUAAAACUCUGGAGAGCACUGAGAUGGAUGAACCCCCACAGAGCCUAAUAACACCCACAGUAUGUUUUGGUGCAUACACUUCCUUACUGUGUGCACAUUAAAUGAGCCUCUUAACCAUUUGCCAAAUGUCCCUCGGACCUUGAAGGAUUCACAUGUAUGUUCAAAUUCACCCGGAAAGCCUUUUUCAUACUUUGGACGUAAUCGUUAAUCUAGCGGACUUUUUCUCAAAGGGGCCAAAGCAGGAGAAUAUCCUUUAAAAAAAAAAAAAAAAGACCUACAACUAGAGAACUUGUUUGCAUCUUUUGCUAAUGAGGGUUGUAAUGAUGUACUUUUUUCACAUUGUUUUUACUGUGCAAUAUUUGAUGGAUGGUUUGUUUUUAGAAAAAAGAGGAAAACUUGCAAGAGAAUAAAAUGUUUGUCCCUUUUUA